AUGGCUCUUGAGGCUCUGAACUCUCCUACAACAGCCACUCCUUUCAAUUAUGAAGACACAUGGACUAAAAGGAAACGCUCUAAGAGGCCUCGUUCUGAAUCCCCUUCAGCUGAGGAAGAGUACCUCGCUCUUUGCCUUAUCAUGCUUGCUCGUGGCGGCUCCACCACCACAUCCACCGAAGAAACCGCCUCCCCAGCACCACCCCAACCACCAACUUUGAAUCUGUCUUACAAGUGUACGGUUUGCACCAAGGCUUUCCCUUCUUACCAGGCUCUUGGUGGGCACAAAGCCAGUCAUAGGAAAUCCUCCUCUGAGUCCACCACCGCCACAGCUAUCGACAAUCCAUCAACCUCCACCGCUGCUGCAACCACCACCAGUGGUAGGACCCAUGAGUGCUCUAUCUGCCACAAGACUUUCCCUACUGGACAGGCCUUGGGCGGACACAAACGUUGUCACUAUGAAGGCACUAUUGGAGGCAACAACAGCAGUAGUACUACUAGUGCUGCAAUCACUACCUCAGACGGUGGUGUUGUUGGAGGCGGUGGCGUAAGCCAGAGUCAAAGUCAAAGAAGCGGUGGUGGGUUUGACUUUGACCUGAACAUGCCUGCUUUGCCUGAAUUUGAAGGUUCAAGAAUUGGUCACCAAGUACUGUAUCGAGAUCAAGAAGUGGAGAGUCCUUUGCCAGGGAAAAAACCAAGAUUAAUGAUGUCGCUUAAGCAAGAAAAGACUGAUGUGGGUUCUUUGCAAAAUUGA